AAACGUGGGAAUUUGGGGCGAAAAACGUGGGAACUGAGAAAAUCAAGGGGGGAUUUGGUGUAAAACGCGUCGAUUUUGGGGUGAAAUCGGGGCGUUUUGGGUGCAGAGGUGAAAAAAACUUUGUGGCGGAGAUGCUUGGAAUCGGUGCCAAAUCGGGGCGGAUUUUGGGGCCAAACGUUGGCGUUUUUGGGUUCCGAUCCGAUCCGCGUUGCUACCGGUUGGUUUUUGUUUUUUGUGGUGGUUUUUUUUUGGCCCAAAUCGGGCUGUUUUUCCCCCAAAAGCAGGGCAAGGCCCGGGGGCGCAGGCGCAGGGCUCUGUCCCCGUCGUUGCUGGGAGCUUUGGGGGACGCCGUGACCCCGAUGGCGGCGCUGUGGGAUGGGGACAACGUGGGGCGGGCGCUGCUGGGCCGGGUGCUGGGCUGCGCGCUGCCAGAAGAGGGCGUCCCACUCGCUGUGGGGCUGACGGAUGGGACGGGUUCGGUGGUGCUCAGCGUUUACAACGCGGCCCCAGGAUGGGGGUUGGCCGUGGGGGACGCAGCCGCUGUGGGGCAGCCCCACAUCCGCCGUCACCACAUCCAGCAUCAGGGCAAGGUGGGGCACCGGGGGGGUAACUGGGAGGGACUGGGAGGGACUGGGAGGGACUGGGAGGGGGUUAUGGGGCACUGGGGG